AUGAGGUUGAAAAGCAUUUGUCGAGGCCAUGUCAACUUGAUCUCAUAUUGUUUUUUGUGUCUAUCAUUCAUUUAUAUAAUACGCUCGAACGGCGCCAAUAGAUCUAUCGCACGGCGGGGGGACAGAAUUCCUGAGGUGGAGGAAUAUGUGGCUUGGCUUGAAAAGUGCAAGCACAUAUUCUUGGAUUUGGGGGCCAAUCGUGGGGAUACGAUAUUGAGAUGGUUAACUAGAACAAGUUACAGCGGGCGGGCCAAGACAUCUUCUAUUGAUCGAAUGUACGAUCUGAAACAGCGCCAAAACUUUUGCGUUCUAAGUUUUGAACCAAACGAAAUUUUCGAUGCAACUCUUCUUGGUAUUGAAAAAGAAAUGAACCAAAAAGGCUUCAAAACUAAAGUUAUAUUACAGACAGCAGUUUCAGAUAAAUUUUCGGAAUCCGUUAUCUACUUGGAUGAUGUAUCAACGCAUUCAUAUGGAACUUCACUAAUUGCAGAUAAGAAAGUCAAUUUUGGCGGCCAUUACCAUUCUCUAGGGAAAAAUCAAACUGUUCGAUUAGUAAGUUUAAGUGCAAUCUUAAGAAGUAUCCCGGUAUUUGCAGAAGUAGUUGUUAAAAUGGAUAUCGAAGGUGCAGAAUAUGAUGUCUUGAGGUCACUUUUUUCUACUGGCAUGGCCUGUAGGAUAGAUGUUCUUAUGAUAGAGUUUCAUUUACACAAGUUGAAAAAAGCUCAGGUACCCGCAGGUGCAAAUGAAGUCAUAGAAUGGAUUCUAAAAGGGAACAAGUGUGAUGUGAAAGUAAUUUAUGACGACUAA